AUGAUAGAAAUAGACAAUAAUACAGGUAUAUUCAAUUUUUCAAACAAUUGGACGGAAUCUGAACUUGAAGUACCUGAACCAACAAUAACUCUAAUCCCUCCUAAAUUAUACCCGUUAGGAUCAGAUUUUAAUUUAGAAAAUGUUAAAACUUUACCAAAAAUUCAAUAUAAUUUCAAGAAUGAAACAUUAAAUGAGCAACGCAGAAAAUCUGUGAAGGAUGGGUUUUUACACGCAUGGAAUGGAUAUAAAAAACAUGCAUGGGGAAAAGAUGAGAUAUUACCAGUUAGUAAUUCCAGUAGAGAUAACUUCAACGGGUGGGCUGCAUCUAUGGUGGAAUCAUUGGAUACAAUGUGGUUGAUGGGUAUAAAAGAUGAAUUUAAGAUAGCGAGAGAUUAUAUUGAUAAUAAGAUUGAUUUCUCUGUUUGUGAUUCAGAAAUUAGCUUAUUUGAAACUGUCAUUAGAUACUUGGGUAGUUUGUUAAGUGCUUAUGAAUUAUCAAAUGACAAAAUGUUUUUAAGAAAAGCAAUUCAAUUAGGUGAUUCUUUGAUACCUGCUUUCAAAAGUCCGCAUGGUCUUCCAUAUAAUGCCUGGAAUAUUGAAAGAGGGUUAAAGGAUCCUAAUUAUAGACCUCAAUCAUCUUAUGUAGUUUUAGCUCAAGUUGCAACUCUUCAACUUGAAUUUAUGAAAUUGUCUCAACUUUCAGGAAACAGCACAUAUUUUUUUAAAGCACAGGCUGUGGUUGAUUUACUUGAUAAGGCAGUAAAAAAAAUUCCUGGAUUGUAUCCAACCAUGAUUUCUCUUGAUACUGGAACAUUUUAUCGAAGUUCGAUGUCCUUUGGCGGGUCGGGAGAUAGUUUUUAUGAGUAUUUGAUAAAAGACUAUAUACUUGUCGGAGGUUCAAGGGAUCAAUAUAAAAGAAUGUAUGAAGAAUCUAUUAACGGCAUGCACGAACAUUUGAUCAAAAAGGGACAAAUAAAAGAUAAAAAUGAUUUAUUAUUUAUUGGAGAGUUGAAUGCUUUUGAUACUUUUACUAAUAAAAUGGGUCAUUUGUCAUGUUUUGUGCCAGGGAUGUUGGCAAUAGGAUCGAAAAUACUAAAUAGGCCAAAGGAUCUUGAAGUAGCCAAAGGCUUGAUUGAAUCUUGUUAUUUGGCUUAUAAUACCUCAUUAAGUGGAAUAGGUCCCGAGGAAUUUAUGUUUCCGUACAAAACUGGCGAUGAUAAUCAAUCUUCAUAUGAUUAUUUAUCUUCCAUUGAUAAGACAAUUGAAAGUUUGUUUGUAAUGUAUCGAGUGACAGGAGACAAGAAAUAUCAAGAUAUGGGAUGGAAUAUUUGGAUGGCAAUUGAGAAAAAAUGUAAAACAGAUUCAGCAUAUUCUGGAUUACUUAAUGUGAAUGCAGAAAAACCUAUAAAAAAUGAUAACAUGGAAAGUUUCUUUUUGGCUGAAACGUUGAAAUAUUUGUAUUUAUUGUUUAGUCCAAGUGACUUAAUUUCUCUAGACGAUUAUGUAUUUAAUACUGAGGCACAUCCAUUUAGAAUAAUCAAACCUUAA